AUGCCUUUAAAAGCCAGUGUCAAGGAGCGCACAAGAAGCACUUCUAAUCCGUUCAAAAAUCGUUCGCAGCCUGUAACUCCGGUCACUCCUAACACACCAGUAUCGCCCAAGUUUCCGAGACUGCGACCUCCAGUGAAUGUGCCCCGUCAGAAUCUUCCUGCCUGGGAUCGGUCUUUUGAUGCUGUCUGUCACAGCACGACUACCAAGGCAAGUUUUGAGAAAGUGCUUUCGUCAUUCUUCGACAACCAUGGUCGAAAGAAGCCGUCUUCUGGCUACUUCCGCCUUCCGGACGCGGUGCGGCUUCAGAUCUGCCGGUAUCUACUUCCCGACAACGACAAGCCUCUGCGCCUGAACAAGUUUCCCUUCAACCGAGAUGUCUGGCGUACACAAGAUUUCGCAUCGCCUUACUCUACUCUUGGUCAGAUCUCCCCCUACUUGGAAGUCUCUUUCGCCUUUCGCGCCGAUGUCCUGGUCGCAUUUCUCCUGGAGACAAGACUACACGCCGUCUUCUCCCCAUUCAUAGGUCCAAGAGUCAGCCCUCUUGUGACGACAUGGCUUAAUGACUACGGACCCUACGCAAGCAACAUUGUGAUAGAGUUAGACAUGUCGCAUCUGGCUUGCGGUCCGACCCCGGACGCUGCAUACCUCCUUGCCAAUACCGAAAAGACAGCGCUACGUCUUAAGUACUUCGUCGCGACGCAACUCCAGCGCAGUGAAUCAUGCCCUAUGGAAAGCCUCGUGCUUCUUUGCCGAAGAUUCUUCGGAAAGCGGCCCCUUGCAGAAGAACCAGAGCCAAGCAGCACCACUACCAGUCGACCACCUUCGCGCGGAGUCAGAACGCCAGAGCCAUACAGCCCAAGUGGCAACAGUCUCAAACGAUACAAUUCUGAACCCGAUGAGAUGCUCUUCUUGAGCCCUGUCUCCUCCCGCGAGACUUUUCCGGACCCCCUCCCUCUUCGAGAAAACUACUGCCCCGACGGGUACCUUUUGUUCUGCAACAACAUCCUCCGCCUAAAAGGUCGCAUCGCGUCUAUUCGGAUGUGCGGGUUCAGCGAAGAUUAUAGUACGCGCCUGAUUGGAACCUUGUUUGCCGACCAGAAGAAUGUCGUUGGGUACCGCAUUACGCCAUCAACGAUAUGGCCGAAACUCAGCGGGCAGAAGUCGUAUGUUGAUUUGAGCGGGGGUAUGAUUGCACUGGACGAGCACGAAGCACCCGCAACAAACCACAUUCCCGAAGCUUUGCGCAAAUGGGAAGGUUGUGUUCAGCUCCCGCCUCCUCACAUUGACGUAAACGGAAAUUUUGUUCUUCCCGCCUUUUUGGCCGACUUGCAACAGGCGAGAGAUGGGUACCUGAGGAGCGAGACAAGUUUAUCGGAACGUACAUGCGACGAGUUGAGCAGGGAGUUUGCAAAGAAGAGUACUAUAUCAGAGAAGAGGGGAUUUGCUUGGAUCAAAGAGCCUUUCAUCAGAAACAAACUGAAGAAAAAGAAGAGACAUCUGAGCAGAGACGCCGCUAUUACGUACUGA